UUGGAUGAACUCGAUCGCAAACGAUACAUUCAUGUUUGCCCUCGCAACGUCAUUAAACAGUAUCUUCCACCUACUCUUAAUCUUGCAGAUAAUGUUGGGCGUUUUACAAAAAAAACCGACAAUCAGCUUUCUGAGAUUCAGCAACGUUUGGCAGCAACCACUCGUACUAUGGACAAUUUUUUGCAUGAGAGCCUUCGCUCAAAUGCCAUAUCUGUACCGGUUGCCGAUGUCGUUCUUUUUAUCAACACCAUUCACACGUUGGUGUCUGACUCAGCAUCGUGCAUGACCCAGCUUCGAAUGGAUAAUGUUGCUCGUGAAACAGGUCUGGUAUCACCGCCUCUUCAACCUCGUACCAAGCUUACACCUUCACCUCAACCACUGUUUCAAGACACUAAA